UGCUGGGCGACCUUUGCGGGGACUUUGGGGUUUGUGCCCAUCCUCGGCAGGAGUUGCCCGGGGGACCCUCUGCCUCCGCAGCAGGGCUGCCUGAACGGAGAGAGGCCUCGGGACCAGGGAAGGGCAGCCCUUCUGCUCGGGGUGGGCUAGGCAGAGGCCCCGAGACCCGUCUCCAGUUCUCCCCCCCCCCAAGGCAGAAGGGGCACCAGGGGACUGAGAGUGGGGGAUCCCCCCCCCCAAGAGCAGCUGUGGAGCCUAAAGCUGAGAGAAAACAUGAUGAGAUCUAAGCCAUGUGAAGAUUCUUAGCCAUUCUGUCACUUCCUUUCAAAGAAACAGGAUUGAUCCUAAGGCUCCUUUGAGUUUUCUUCUGUUUCCAUCAGUGGUCCUUGCAGGGAGUAUUUUUCUGAUUGUAAUGUAGCUCUCACCAGCAACUGAGCAGACUAUUCUUUCUAGGCUGUUGAUCACAGAUUCUAACUUCCGAUCUUCAAAAAAAGAGCUCCCAGGCCUGCAGUAAUAAGCGCUGUGAUUUCAGAAUUCAGAAAUUCUGUUUCAGAAUUGAGUGAACUCCAGAUAGCAGUGAAGAAAGUUCCCUCAGAGGCUUUCUGGAAGAAGGACAAGGGGCUGCGACCACAAGGUGACCACCGGGAUGUCUGGCCUGCUUUGGUCUGAUGUGUCUCAAAGUUGCUCCUUGAUCUCUGAGCUUCUCUCGCUCAUCCAAUUUCUGAGUCUCCCCUGGGUCAACGCUGCACCCUGCCCUUGAUUCAGCCUUCUGCCAGUGCCAGGAUGUUCGACUGGAUUGAGAAGGUGGUACCCCAGCCUCCUGUGAAAAUCCAUGCACCAGUGGAACAGAGGACAGCUGUGGACAGACCAGAACUUGCCAAGAAGCUGCCAGAAGGAGGCUGCUGCAAUCCAGCAGAAGCAUCCAUCCCAGAAGAAGGCCUGGGCAUCGUGGACCUGUGGCUGUUGAGGGAAAGUCCUUGGCGCUUCCACACCAGCUUCCUCCCGCUUCCUCCCAGGGCUGGCCAGGGCUGGCUCUUCUGGCUCUCCCAGAGGCUGCAGAAGACGAUCCCACAGCUGCCGGAGAGGUCCCAGGUCCUGGAGGCCAGCAUUGAUAUUCCAGAAGAGACGGAAAUCCAAAGCUUGCAUGAAGAAGAGGAGGAAUUAGUCAUUACGGUCCUCGAGUCAGAAGAGGAGUCUGAAGUGCAAUCCAGCGUCACCCCAAAUAACAGCAAUGGGGAGAAAGUAUUUACCUGGCUGAUGGAAGGAUUUGAAAAAAUAAUGCCUCAGCCAGAGAACAGGAAAAAAGAUGAGGAAGGGACCCCAGGAAGAGCUGCUGAAGCUGACUUAAAAGGGAGCCGUCGAGCGACGUCGCAGAGUGACCCCCUCCCAGGCAGCCCUCCCAGUUCCAUUGUAGCAAUGAGUGGAGCCUCGUCGGACAAGCAGUCCUACCUCAGCCUUCCUCUCUUUCCCCUGGGACCUGGAGGCAACGGAGCCCAAAGCCUGUUCAAGUGCUUCCUUCAGGGACUGGAGAAAGUGAUGCCCCAGCCUGUCACUAAAACAAAACAAGAUGGGCAGCAAACGAAGAGCACAGUCCAGGGCCGAGAAAAAGAAACCCAUACCUUUUCCAUGGAGAGGGAUGCAGAAGAUGAUGGUGAGAUCCAGGUGGAAGUGAGAUGUUGGUCCUAUCUACCCGAGUAUCAUCUGGGCUCUCCCCCCAGCCCAGCGAGGAAGCGCCGUGGAGGCCAGCAGGAAAGGAGGGAAGCUUCAAAUGGUGGCACGUUGGGACAACUGACUUCAGCAAAAGUUGAGACAAGGAGAGACAUUGCAAACCCUUUAAUUCAGAGAGAGGAGGCAACAGCAGCUGCUGCCACCUUGGUGGCACCUGCAGGUUCUGUGCACUGCACUCAGGACGGUCUGCCCCCCCUCCAUGCAGGGCAGCCCCUCAGACCCACGAUUCCACCAGGACAACCAACCAGCAAAUACCCUACGGUGAAGCUUUCAAAGGUGGAUUCUGGCUCUUCCAGGCUGCCAAUACCUGCCUCCCAAGCUCGGCCAUCAGCCCCAAAGAGCUUGCACAGCCUUGCUGUGCCACCUAUACCAAAGGCUCCCAAGAGGAGGAAAUCCUCUUCCGAAGAAGUAAAAGUGGAAGAGCUGAGACUGUCCCCAGUCCAUGCCUGGCCAGACCAGUCCAGCCCACAGGAAGAACCCAACAGCUCACCCAGACGGGGCAGCUCAGCCGCCAGCCAGAGUAGCGCCAUCAUCAACGAGCGGCUGCAGGAGCUGGUGCGGCUCUUCAAGGACCGAACUGAGAAAGUCAAGGAGAAGCUGACAGACCCUGACGCCUCCUCCGAGGAUGAGACCCCUGCAACCUCUCCUUCCAAAGAGAAAACCUCAGAGGAGAAAGGCAAAGAAUCGGAGGAAGAUGGAGAGGGGCGUUUCCACGAAAUCCUUUGCUGCAGGUUUAAGUAUCACCCCUUCCUCUGCCACGCGAGGAAAGUCCAGUUCCCCAGCAGUAUUGACCCUUCCUCCAAUCUGAUGUACGUGUUGUGGCUCUUACUUGUGGUCCUGGCGUGGAACUGGAACUGUUGGCUGAUUCCGGUCCGCUGGGCUUUUCCAUAUCAAUCACCUGAGAAUGUCUAUUACUGGAUGGCUAUUGACUACCUCUGUGAUCUCAUCUACUUUCUGGACAUCGCCGUCUUUCAAGUCCGCCUGCAGUUUGUCUAUCAAGGAGAUAUUAUUACUGAUAAGAGAGCCAUGAGGAAGAAUUACCUGAAGUCCUAUCGCUUUAAGAUGGAUGCCCUCUGCCUUCUCCCCCUGGAUUUCCUGUACUUCAAGGUUGGCGUGCAUCCUCUCCUGCGCUUGCCUCGCUGCCUAAAGUACCUGGCCUUCACUGAGUUUAACAAUCGUCUUGAAGCUAUUUUGAGCAAGGCCUAUGUUUACAGAGUCGUAAGGAUCACGGCCUACCUGCUCUUCAGCCUGCACCUGAAUUCCUGCUUGUAUUACUGGGCCUCCUCCUUCCAGGGGAUCGGCUCCACCGCCUGGGUCUACGAUGGCAGAGGAAACAGUUACAUCCGCUGUUAUUACUGGGCUGUCAAGACGCUCAUCACCAUCGGAGGGCUGCCGGAGCCCCACAACCUCUUCGAGAUUGUUUUUCAGCUUCUCAAUUACUUCACAGGCGUCUUUGCUUUCUCAGUGAUGAUCGGCCAGAUGAGGGAUGUUGUGGGUGCUGCCACAGCAGGACAAUCGUACUAUCGGAGCUGCAUGGAUAAUACUGUAAAGUAUAUGGCUUUGUACAGAAUUCCCCGUUCGGUUCAGAACAGAAUCAAAACUUGGUAUGAAUACACUUGGCAUUCCCAAGGCAUGCUGGAUGAAUCAGAGCUGCUCACACAGCUGCCCGACAAGAUGAAGCUGGACAUCGCCAUCGAUGUAAACUACAGCAUUGUGAGCAAAGUGCCACUCUUCCAGGGCUGUGACCGGCAAAUGAUUUUUGACAUGCUGAAGCGGCUGCGAUCUGUGGUGUACUUGCCUAACGACUACGUGUGCAAAAAGGGAGAGAUCGGCCGCGAGAUGUACAUCAUUCAGGUGGGACAAGUCCAAGUGCUUGGAGGACCGGAUGGGAAAACGGUGCUGGUGACACUGAAAGCCGGCUCCGUGUUUGGAGAAAUAAGUUUACUGGCUGUGGGAGGUGGAAAUCGGCGUACUGCUAAUGUUGUGGCACAUGGAUUUACUAACCUUUUCAUUCUGGAUAAGAAGGAUUUGAAUGAAAUUCUGGUGCACUAUCCGGAGUCCCAAAAGCUGCUGCGGAAGAAAGCCAGACGAAUGCUGAAGAACAACACCAAGCCCAAAGAAGAGAAGGGGCUCCCCAUCAUCCCAGCCAGAGCUGGGACCCCCAAGCUCUUGCAAGCUGCCCUGAUGGCUGCAGGGAGAAUGAGGGGCAAGGGCAGACUGGCUCACCUCCGCUGGAAACUGAAGGAGCUGAAGGCAAUCCAGGCUGCCAGUUCCACACCAAUUGUCCCCAAGUCACCAGCUAGCCAUGUUUCACUAGCUGGUUCCCCCAAGCCCAACGACUGCGGAACAGAGACGAAGAUCUGCAAGAGUCCCAACCAUCCUUUUCGGAUUUCCAUGAGUCCAGCCCGGACUGGGGAUGAAGAGGUUCUCUCAGUGGAAGUCUUAGAAAAAGAGGAUCCUAAGUAGAAGAACCAGAUGAGCCUCCAUAUCUUGCAAGUCUUUGCUGGUCGCAUUUGCUUGGAUUGUGCAGCCAUUCAAAAUAAUCUCUACUAUUAAGAACAAAGUGGGCUGAGAUUGAGUCUUGGCAAUUAAGAGACCCCUAUAAUUUUUUACAUUUUAUUUAGAGAACCAAUUUGGUGUCAUGGCUAAGAUAUCAGGCUAGAAACAGGAGACUGUGACUUUUAGUUUCACUUUAGGCACAAAACCAGUUGGGUGACCCUGGGCCAGUCACUCUGUCUCAGCCCUCGGAAGAAGGUAAUGGCAAACCACUCCUAAAAAACCUUGCCAAGAAAACUGCAGGGACUUGUCCAGAGUCUGUGAGAAUUGGACAUGACUGAAGGAGGAAAAUAAACUUUUUUACACACCGAGCUAUUUAACUAUCUUUAGAAAAUUACAGCAAAAAUCCAAGAGAAAUUAGAGCAAGUGAAAUCUCUUAUUAAGCUUAUUGCCUUUUUAUAGGUUCGAAAUAUACAGUAAAUAUAUUGGUUCUAAAUGUAGAGUAAAUAUAUUUGAUUUGUUUAAAACACCUUCUGUUGUGUGUCUUUUAAUGUAUUGCACAGCACAAAAAUCCAAAAAAAAAGUGUGUUAGAAAGAGUAGAAAACAGCAUUGAUAAGAACAUCUACACACAGUAGUAGAAGAUGCAGGCCACAUAGAAGCUAAGAUUGAUUAUAGGCUACCAAGUCAUUUCCACCACAUAGUAGAAGGAAAAGAUUCAUAAUAUUGACGUUUUCCCUUCAGUGACUCCGUGGUAUUGGCUUACUGACUUGAAGAUGAAAUGAAACAAGAAUUGCAGCUGGAGAAAUAUUAAUUUGAAAGAAUUUCCGUGGAUGCAUCACAAGCCCCGAAUGUCUGUCUCAGAUCAAUUGUUCAGUUUAUUAGCCAUCUCCAGAUUUUUGUCAUUCAAUCUCCGGCUGCUGAAACCGCCCCAAAGGCCCCUCGUAAGCUCCCCCGCGCUCCCUCUGCCCCACGCCGGCGAGGCCGGAAGCCGCCGACGCCUGAGCCCUCCAACCAGCAGCCGCAGCCACGAACCGGAACUCCACGUUGCCUAAAAGGCUGGCAAGCUUCGAGUCCAGCUUCGGGGCCGCCGCCCGAGAGGGCUGACUUCCUCACUCGGAGGCCAAGAGGGCAGCGCCGGUUCGCGGCCGCUUCUCCCGGAGCGGCUGGGCUCGGCACCGCUCCUAAAGCUGGCACUGGGUCCUCAGAGCAGAGAUUCAAUACUACUACUACUACCACC